AAAUUUGACAUUCUUCUUCAUCUUUCAAAUAAUCAAAGAAUAUGAGGAAACCAUGGAACACUUGUUUCCCAACCAUUUUGCAAACCGUGAAAUCAUCACUAGUCCAGCAUCACCUGACUUUUUAGAUGACUUUGAAAUUGUACCGAUUAAUUAUGGAAAAAAUGAAGAAAACCUGUUUAAACUUGGCCAUUCUAUUAUCAAUACAUUACAGAGUUGGUCAGAUCCUGGUUUGGUCAUCUUGGCUUUUUCAAACAUCAAGAAACACUUUCAUCAUGAUGACUUCCAAGAUUUUCUUGUUGCCAAGAAGAUAGAUAAAGUUAUGAUGAAAGCAAUGGAAAUUUUACCUGAUGAUAUAGCUGUUCAAGUGCUUGGGUGUCAACUAUUAGAUUUAUUUUUUGAGAAAAAUGAAGAUUUACAAAUGAGUUUGAUAUCACUUGAAACUCACAGACAUAUUGUUAAAGUGCUACAUGAAAAUAAAACAGAUCUGGUAUUACAAGUAUCUGCUCUUAAUCUACUAGAAAAACUGAUGGGAAAAGAAGAAGUUCUAGACCAAGUGAUGCUAGAUGAAUACAAUGUAAAUAUUGCAAAUGAAGUAUUUACUAGCCUGCACACACACCAUGACAACCAUGAGAUUAAAAGAUCAGCCUAUAGUAUUUUAAAACUUUUGUUGGAGGAAGAAGAUGAUGAUGUCAAAGAAAUUUGUAUAAAAAAAGAAAACUUGCAGACUAUGUUGGACAAUUUUUCUGCAUCACAAGAGAACUGUUCAGAUAUAUUGCUGAAAAUUUUACAGAUAUUUGCAUGCUUAACCUUGAAGGGAAGAAAUGAGGACAAUGAACGGAACUUCAGACAAUGUUUGGUAGAUAAUGAUAUACAUUAUUUGAUAAUGAGACAACUUCAGCAGAGUAAUGAUGAAGAGGUUGUAGAAGAAUGUUUGAAAUAUCUUGUCCAACUUACUAAAGAAGAUGCAGAGAAGAAAUUUUUGUUUGAGUCUGGAUAUCUAAAGAACAACUUGAUACAAACAAUGGGAAAGUGGUCAGAUAAUGCAGGUUUACAGAUUGCAGGAUUAAAGCUGUUUAUACUUUCAGCUCCAGAUAAAAUGUCAGGGUUUUUAAGUAUUGAUGAGUUUGUAACAAGAUGGUGCAAGACUGUUUAUGAAGCAAUGUCAAGACAUUUAGAAGACCCGUCUGUACAGGCUUAUGGUUGUCGGGCUGUAGCUACUAUGAUAGAAAAUAGACAUGAUAGUGUUAUUUGGAUUGGUGAAAACUCUCAGGAAAAAAUAUCACAAGAACCAAUCCAUACCAUGUGUAUGGGAGCACUACUGAUGCAUAGGAAAGAUCCAAAAGUUUUUGUAGCAGCAUGUAAUACCAUCUACUGGUUAGCAGCAGAUAAUGAGAGACUAUGCAGUAAUUUGAUGGACAAGAAUGUUCACACAGUUGUAAUGGAUGGGUUGAAGCUUCAUAUUAAUUAUCCCAAAGCCGUAGAAGCUGGACUGAAGGCUUUGAGGGGGCUUUGUAUAUUUAAUGACAGGAACAAAAGAAGGCUGGUGACAGAUGAAAGAAUUUUUAACAUGAUCAGCAAAAUAUUAGACAAAUUUCCACAACAACUGAGUAUUCAGCUUGAAGCUACAAGUACAUUAGCAUGUAUUGCUGAUAUAGAUUCUGUGAGAUACCAGUGUUUCCUAGAAGACAUUCAUAUAAAAGUUAUUCAGUCUUUAGAAAGAUUUGUAGAUAAUGAAACAAUACAAGAGGUUGGAAUUGAAUGUUUGAGUGUCCUUUGUGCUGCAGAAAAUGCUGCAGAGAUGUUAAACAUGACAGGAGCUACACAACAUGUUAUUACAGUAUUGAAGAAAUACCUUGAUAUGGUUUAUUUACAGAAGAAAGGAUUAAUACUGAUACAGCUGCUAGCUGACAAGAAGAUGUGUAGAGACAGAGAGAUAUGUUCUGGUCUAGCUGAUACUUUAUACAAAUCUUUAGUUACACAUUCAGAUAAUAAUGGUGUUUUGAAAGAGGCUUGUGUAGCUCUACAAAUUCUAGCUGAAACAGGAAAAGAAAUAAGUGACUGUUUGGUAGAGAAAGGUUGUCAUCAGAUAUUGUUUAAUUUACUGGAAUCAGAUGAAGAUGCAGAGAUAAAGGAUUUGAUCUGUGAAUGUUUAUAUGUGAUGGGACUGACACCAGAUUUAAAAUCCAAGAUGUUGUGCAGUUGCACUAAAGGAGUAUUGGUGGGAGCUGAAUGUUUGUUGGAAUUAGGAGCAGAUGUUAAUUACACUGAUGGAGAGACUACACCACUUUGUCAUGCUGUGAUAAAUCAGGAUGAAGAUCUUGUCAGGCUCUUUCUUAAACAUGACAUCAGCAAUCUUCACAAGCCACUGAAGCUGAGUUUAGAGGUUGGACAAGACACUAUUGUUUCAAAUGUUAUAACAGGUCAUAUAUUGGGGUGUAUAGGUGACAGGUCAGGGAAGCAGGCAUUGUGGAACAAUCUAGGAUUAGAAACAUUAAAGGCAGAUUGGUUGACUGUUGCUUUUGCCAAAUUGAUAAGAAAUGAUUCAGAUUUGAGCAAGCACUUGGCCUACAGAAUAAAAAAUAGUCAUGACAGAAAAAAUCAUAGACUUCUAGCAUAUACUAAGAGUGAUUCUGACAUGAUGAAAACAUUUGGAAGGCAUAAGUUCUUUAGAUACAAGAUAAAAUCAGAUUCUGCAGUUAUUUUAAAGGAAAAUGAAUCUGAAAGUCCAGAUCAAGUAAUAGUAAAGACGGAGCCAAUUAUAAUGAAGAUAGCUAGAUCAAAUUCUGAUAGUAUGCUGAAGUUGAAGGGAAAACAGCUACCUGCAUUUAAUCAAUUGUCACCCAUAAUGAGCCCCAGAACCAGCAGAGAGUGGUUGGAUCGUAAUCUAACAGAAGAUUUUGAAAAUCCUAGUGAAGUUGUAUUUCCUGUCUUUGAAUCCUCUGAACAAGAAGCAGAUGAAUGGAAAUGUACAACUCUAACAGGAGCCAAUGUUCCAUACAACCCAGCGGACCCUAGACAUAAAGGAUCAACAGAAAAGCUAUAUUUUCCAGAGAAAAUUUCUGUACCAUGGUCUAGAAAAUCCAGAAGUCCUUCACCAAGAACUGGUAUGAGUAGGAACAAUUCCUAUGAACAGCUUGAUCUCAUUGGAGUAGAUUCUAAACUGCCUUACCAACCUUUAGUCAGAAAUGAAAAUGACUUGAAUGACAACAGUCUUGUAAGAAGAAUCAAUGAAUGCCUUGACGGUAGCCGAAACUCAAGCAUUGACUCUCUGUUCUCAGAUAAUGAAUCAAGAAGAUCAAGUGUAGUACUAAAUAAUAACAUUGAAGUUGUUUUACUGGAUGUUUCUAGUAAUAAAAUCAGUGAUAUACAGAAUCUAUCAGACUGUGACAGAGAAUUCUGGGCCAAAUUUACAUGUCUGCAGAAGAUAAGCAUGAGUUAUAACAAACUACAAACACUACCAGAGGAGUUAUUUAAGAACUUGCCAACCUUGAAACAGUUUGAAGCAAAGUCCAACAAAAUCACAAAAAUACCCAUGUCUUUGUUGGAAAGUAACUCACUCAAGCAUUUAGAUCUUUCUGACAAUAAGAUUAAUGAAAUUGGAAAUGGUGAUGAAAUGUGGAGAAAUGAAAAUCUGAAAUUCUUAGAUUUGUCAAGUAACAUCAUUACAAAAAUACCAACUUUGUUUUGUCAGCGUGUGCCAGCUUUAACACAUUUCUUUUUGAACUGUAAUGAGAUUCAUGAAUUGCCAAAGGAACCAUUAGAGUUGCCUGGUCUUAAAGUUCUAGAGUUGUCUUGUAACUAUAUAAAAUCUGUACCAGAGGAGUUCUUACAUGGUAGUAGUAAACUAGAAAUCUUAGAUCUAGAAAACAAUGAAAUAGAAUCUCUACCUAAACAAGGCAUUACAUCAAUGUUACCAAAGUUAAUAAGAUUGAAAUUAAAGAAAAACAAAUUGACAGAAAAGGAACCACUCUACAUUCCAAAGUUUAUUUUGGAUUUACAAAAUUUAAGGAAGCUUGAUCUGAGUGAUAAUAACAUUGUCAGUUUUCCUUCCCCGUCUCAAUGGAGAUCUCAGUUCAUUCAAGAAAUAAAACUGUCAAGGAACAAAAUUACAAAGUUAAAUUUAGAAGGAGGGAAGUCGUGGACUAAGUUGGAAACUCUCGCCGUUGAUGGUAAUAAUCUCAGUGAGUUACCAAAGGAAAUAGGACAGUUGUCCUCACUUACCUCCCUUGACAUAAGCUUCAACAAAUCAUUGAAGACAUUACCUGAUGAAAUGGGACGAUGUUCAAGGAUGUGGGAAUUCAGAUAUAGAGGAGUAGAAUUACAGUUAGACAGAUCUUUAGUUAAUGGGAGAGUAAAAGACCUAAUAUCAUUUCUACAUAACAAACUUAAAAAGGCUGCAGCAUACUUCAGAAUGAAGGUAAUGGUAGUUGGUUAUGGAGCUAGAGGUAAAUCAACACUACUCCGUGCACUGAUGAAAAUCCCUAAACCAGCAGCUAACAACACACCAACAGUGGGAAUUAUUGUUAAAGACUGGGCAUUUGAAAGAUACAGAAAAGAUAUAGGAAAAAAAGUUUUAUAUACCUUGAGUACAUGGGACUUUGCUGGACAAGAGGAGUUCUAUAGUACACAUCAGUGUUACCUGUCAAAUAAAGCUUUGUAUCUGGUUGUCCUAAGAAUCAACAAAGGUUUAGAAGAAGUAGAAUUGUUAAAGCCAUGGUUAUCAAACAUCUAUGCCAGAGCUCCAGGAUGUCCUGUGAUUGUUGUUGGUACCCAUUAUGAUAAAGUUCAUAGGUCACAGAGGGAAAAUGUUGUUAAGCAGUUCAUUGACCGACUGAAUGAUCUGAAAACAAAACCAGGGUUUCCUGAUAUACAGGAAUUUUGUCCAGUGGAUUGUAGCUUGGAAAAAGAUAAUGUGGAUCUUGAAAAACUGAGGGAGAAAAUCAAAGAUGUCAUUGAUAAUUACAAGGUGAAGGGUCAGCCAGUAAUGGGACAGAUGGUUCCAGCGAGUUAUGUGAAACUUUCCGACAAGCUUGCAGAAGAGGCCAGAAUACUGUUGAAAAAAUCUUAUCCAAUUAUAUCACAUAACCAAUUACUAAAGAUUGUAAAACAAUCAUCUAUAGACUUAGAUGAAGAAGAACUCAUACAGGCCAUAAGGUUCCUGCAUGAGUUUGGAAUUCUGUUGCAUUAUGAAGAUGCCUCACUACAGUUGAAGGACCUACACUUUAUAGACCCAGGUUGGUUGUGUAGAAUGAUGGCACAAGUUAUUACAGUCAGACAGAUAAAUCCAUUCAUAAAAAAUGGGAUAUUGAGAAAAACAGAUACAAAGAUAUUGUUUACUGGAAAAAAAGUAGACAAAGAUCAGCCAUUUAUAUAUCCACCUGAAUUGAUUCCACAGUACCUGAAGUUACUAGAAAAAUUUGAGAUAGCACUGCCCCACUCUGACACAGAGCUAAUGAUUCCAUGCUAUUUACCUGACAAGAAACCAGUUCUCCAUCUACCAGCACUACAGAAACAUGAAAAGAUAUGCAGGUAUUACAUUAUGCCAUAUGUACAACUAGGACUUUGGCCAAGACUUAUUACAAGGCUGAUAACAUUCUCAACCAGCUUUUUGACAAAGUUAUCAAGGUCUAAGAUGAAGCUGCUUUUGGAAGUUGAUAAACAACCUGCCAUUAAUUAUUGGAAGAAAGGAGUAUGUAGUAUCUGGUCAGAAAAUGCCUUCUACUUGGUAGAAUUCCAUAGUAAUGAAAAAGAAGAAAUCCAUGUGACAGUUCCCAAUACAUCUAAUGGAGCAGGGUUACUUGGACUGUUGGUUGACCAUUUAGAUGCUUUGAUAGAAGAAUGGUACCCUGGACUGACCACUGUGGACCCUUACCUUGGGAGAGAAUUACUAGAGAAACUGGUACCAUGUGUUGAUUGUACAGGACAAAAUCUGAAGCUGUUUAGAUUAGAUGAUCUGCUUCACAAAACAGAGAAUGAAGGAACAUCAGUGUAUUGUGAUGUACAUGAUGGUAUGGUCAAGAUAGCAGCAUUGGCACCAGAACUUGUUCUCAUGGAUCUGAAUCCUGACCUUAUUAUGGACAAUUCACAAUUUGAUUUUGUAGAAUGUGAAGAAAAAAAGCUUGGAGAUGGAGGUUAUGGUGCUGUAUAUAGAGCUACUUACAAAUCUCAGCCUGUUGCAGUGAAAGUAUUUGCAGCCAUUGGCGAUGUCCAUCCCUUAAAGAUGUUACGACAAGAGGCAACAGUUCUAAGAUGUUUAAAACAUCCAAGUGUAGUUUCACUAUUAGCUGUAGGCAUAAGUCCACAUGUGGUUGUCUUAGAGCUGGCUCAACACUUAUCUUUAGGGACAGUUCUGAAACAGGAGGGCAAAUUGCAACAAAUAAUGCAACAUAAAAUUGCAUUGCAAGUUGCAGAAGGUUUGUCUUACCUCCAUCAGAUGAUGAUAGUGUACAGAGAUAUGAAGCCAGAUAAUGUUCUGAUCUUCAGUAAAGACCCUAAAUCUUUAAUCAAUGCUAAGAUAUCUGACUAUGGAAUAUCUAGAUUUUCUAUGUUAGAUGGACUGAUGUUACAAGAGGGUACACUGGCCUACAGAGCUCCUGAAGUGAUCAGAGGGGAAACUUACUCAUUUAAGGCUGAUGUUUUCUCAUAUGGUAUUACACUUUAUUCUUUAUUGACCAAUGGUAAACAUCCAUUCAGUGAAUUUGAAUGUAAAGGUGAAAUGGACAAAGCCAUAGCUGAGGGUCAGUCAAUUCAUCCAAUUACAGAGAAGGAAGUUCCUCCAUGGCCAGGUAUGCAGGCAUUGUUGUUGGAUUGUCUUCAUCCAGGACCAGACCAAAGACCAGAAUCUUCAGCAAUCUGUGAAAGACUUAGAGAUCCAGAAGUUUUAAAUCUAAAACAGAGAGUUCCAGUAACUAAAGGACUUAGUGUAGAGUGUCUUACUGUCCAGAAAUUAGAUGAAGGCAAAGUAUGUCUAUGGGCUGCAAGUGGCAAUAGUGAAUGUGUUCAGCUAUCUCGUCUUGAUCUGCAGCUACAAACAUUAAUGGAAACAAAGGGAGCAAUAUUUACCCAUGGCAGGAUUCUGUGUUUAUUGGCAUUGAAAGAGAACUGCUUACUCAUCGGCACAGAAGAGUGUAGAAUAUGGAUAUACAAUACACUAACACUGGAAUGUACACGUAGUACUACACUGUUAACUGAUGCUGUUCUGUGUAUGAGACACAUACCAGGUUCUAAGGAUGAUUUGGUAUUUGUUGGUUUAGCAAAUGGAACUAUUGCUGUAUUUCUAGUUUCUGAUCUGAUUCAUGAAGAUAAAGCCAUACCAAUGUGUUUGACCCCUGGUAAUGCUAAGGAAGUUGUUAGGUGUAUGGAGGUAUCACAGAGAGAUAAGCGUUUGUAUGUCAGUUGUGGGUCUCGUGUGUUGAUACUCAGGACCAGAUCAAGUAUAGGUGUGGAAAAAAAGAUAGAUACUGCAGAUCCAAAAAGACCAUCACAGAUAAAUAAUAUGGUUUUAGGACAUAAGAAACUGUUUUUAUCCCAUGCAAAAUCUUGUAUUGUACACAUCUACAUUGCAGCAGACCUGAAACCAAGGUCAUCACUGGAUAUCUCACAGAUCUUUCAACUGAGGAAAGAUUUAUCAAGAGUAACAUCAUUAGCUCUGCAAGGCAACAUAGGUGUACUCUGGAUUGGGACUGGUAGUGGCCAUAUUGGAUUGGUUGAUGUAAAGACACAAAAUCUUAUUGUAUUAACACACAGAUACACAAACCCUGUAAGAAGUUUGUUGACUGUUCACCAUAAAGAAUACCCAUUAAUCGUUAGUGGAGCCUUAGGAUUCCAUGACAGAGCAGACUCCUACAAGUGUCACGAUGAAGAUUAUGGUAGCAUAAUUGUAUGGGAUGGAAAUUUCUCUAGAAACGUAAAACAGCAGAUGCUUGAAAUUAAACAAAGACAACAGUUGGUAGAAAACUAUUUAACAUUGUAAUGUUAAGAAAAAGACAACUUCAUCACGACUACAGUUAUAACUGAAAUUGAGAUAAAAAAUGCACUGUGUAACACUUAAAUGAAAAGACAUGAAUUUAGAAACUUAUCACGAAAUUGUAAUAACUUGGAUAACAUUACAUUUCAAUUAUGAAAUAACAUAGACAUGACCUCUUGAAAAAGAUAUAUUGCUAAUCAGAUUUGGUAUUUAUUGAAAUGUGGGCCUUCAAAUGAGUUCCUCUAACUUUUAUAAAUUUAUAAAUAAUAAUUGUAUGGACAAUUGUCUCACUGAGAUAUGAGGGAGGGUAGGAGGGGUCCUGAUCCCAAAAUCCUGGGCUUAAAACACCAAAUCCUGAAAUCCUGGGCUUAAAAGACAAAAUCCCGAAAUCCCGGGCUUAAAAACAUGAAAUCCCUGGUCCUGAAAUUCGACAAAAAUGAUUCCCAGAUCCUGAAAUCUGGCUCUUAAAAACACCCGAUAAAGGUCCUAUCCCCCCUCAGAUAUAAUAUGGUAUGGGGAGGAUUUUGUAUGAAAGCUAGACAUGGUGUCAAUUUUUAUGUGAUGCCAUUGUCCUUAUUUUCUUAACGUGUUACAUCAGUCAUGCCAAAAAAUAUUGAUGUUAUAUAUUUCUUGUAGAUGAAAUCUAGAUGUUCACAAUUAUAUUUAUGAUGACUUUGUUCUACCUAGCUGCCAUGAAUUCGUAAUUUAAAUCUUAUGCUGAUUUAAACCUUUGUUUUCUGAUUUCAUGUGGUAAACAAAAUAAUGACAUUCCUUUGAUAUAUGACAAUUUGACAAUUUGUAAGGUAUAUACUAUUGUAUUCAUAUUUAUAGUUUAAAAGCUAAGUUUUCAGCAUGAUUAUUGUGUUAUUUGUUUGAUGAAUUCUAAUGAUAUGUGUACAAUGUAUAAACUAAUAAGAAUGCAGCAAUGCAAUUGAUGUUUGCUUUCCCAAUAACUGGGAUAUGCAGUUGUAUUUCUUGUUUCACUGCAUUACAAGUUCAGGGUUAAAUAUGUAAUGUUGUCCUUCAAUAUUUUGGUUCUAACAAAAAAAACAUUGAAGAAGGUGCUUGUUGAAUUAUUUAUUAGUGCAUUAUUGUUAAUUGCUGUGAUGCAUUUAAUUAUUUAAGACCAUGAGACAUAUGCAAUAUUUUAUUUUCGUGAAAUAAUAAUUUUGUCAUAGUAAUUUAUAUAGUAUGUUUUAUAUAAAGUAUUUAUACAAUUUGAUCUGUACAUUGAAUGAUAAAUAACUGGUUGUAUCAAAGAUAUUUAAUUUAUAUGAAGUUGUGAAAAUGCAUUUUGAAUUUUUCUUUGAACUGAUGACAAUUCAUGAAGUUUCAUUUAUGUUGAUAUAUAUCGGACUAAAAUUGUAUAUUCUGUGAUAACAUUCCAUAUAGCUAUGAUGGUUAUAACUGUUUUUGUUAGUAAUCUAAAUGUUUUGUUUGUAAUAUUGGAAGAAUGACUAAAUCUGCUGUCUUCUUUCAUUCUUUUUAACAUUUUGCAAUAGGCUGAAUAGCAUGUGUCUUUCAGAUUAAUUUUGAUGUAACUCUUCUGAUUACACACUUGUUUUACCAAGUUUUAAUAUGCUUAAUAUACAUUUACAUCAUUUAAGACAUAUUCUUGUGACAGGAGCUAUUGAAGUAUUCUAAGUUUUGGUAUGUGUACUUCUCCAAUGAAACAGUUAAACAAAAAACUUUUUUUUAUAGCAACAUUCUAAAUUUAUCAGUACAAGGAAUGUAUAAAUGGUUGUGUUGUCUAUUAUUUCUCCAAAGAGUGUUUGGGAAAAGGCUAAAAAUUUAAUUAGUGUUUGCAUU